AAGGACUGUGACUAUUGUGGAGAAUGUUACAGACCCCGAAGCCGAUGCGAGAGAAUGGAUCUGAGAAAGACAUGCAUGCCUGAACCUUCAGUUUAGAAGGUGCUGGACCUUGAUCUCCGUGCCCAGCUUCGACAGCGGCUUCUUCAGGCCGCGCAGGAAUUCCCUGAGUUCGUUCCAGGCGCACAGAAGCUGGUUCUCGGCAGCUUUGGGGCCUUAGGGAAUCCUGCCGCCUUCCACCACCCAGUGGUGCGGGAGUGCCGGCUCCACUGCAUGGCCUCUGCGACACGCCUCUUCCGCGCACACCUGGCUGCUACGCACGCGGCGCGUGCCGCGCAGGCGGCGCACGCUCCCCGGCGGCUGGAGCUGCUGUGGGAUCGGCUUUGUAUCCGACUGAAAGGCUCCAAGAUGUGUGGCGAGACAGUCCACCGGGACGUGGCCAAGUUCAAGCUGAAGGAAGAUGAGAUCUUCGGUGGUUGGAUGAACCUGGACUGCCCAGAACAAACAUUUAAUGCCCCAGCCGAUGAAUGUGAAGGCCUCUCCUUUCUCCACCCCCCAAACAGCAGGGCAUGCAUUCACGCCGGCCUCGCAAGCUUCGGUGCCGCACCGCUGGCCGCACCGGGGCCUCCAAGGUUGGAGACUCACACGCUCCACCUUGAGCUUGCAGGACUUGGCAGCCAAGACCCAGCCAGGCGUGGUGACCACCGGUGUUUUGGUGAAGACUCAGGGAGUUCCACUCCUGCCAAGUGGACAGCAGCCCCCAAUGUAUGCGAAGAAUCACUUGAACUUCUGGCGUGAAGGGCUGAUCACCUGGUCAAAGCAAUCGAUUCGAGACAGUUGCAAGGAGCUCACGCGCUGUGGCCCUACAGAGCUGCGCUUGGUGCCGCGCUUCUUUCCCAGCCUGGAAGCUCUGGGCUUGCCCCUGUAUGCGAACUAUACUGAAGAAGAGCUAAACAUCAUGAGGCCUGCAGAGGAGUGGCGGAUCUUUGGAAAGCACUACCGUCUGUGGCCAGACUUUGAACCGGUGUCCUUGCGGCCCUUCAUGGAGGUGGAGGUGGGCCAGAAGAGGACCUGGAGUGCCAUGGACAGCUGAUGGACUUUGGCUUCGAAUGUGGCUUCAGCCGAGGAGCAAACCCUGGCCGCGCGGAUUUCAGCUUCAUAGGUGAGGCUCACUUCUUUCGACACUUUACACUCCAACUUCUGAAAGCGCUAGCGGCACAAAGCUCUAUGCACCAUGGAAACUGCUUCCUCCCCAAGGAAGGUCCGUGGUUGGACUGGGAUUCGGAAGGUCCGCAAAGAUCCGCAAAGGAGAUCCUGUUCGCUUGGAAUUCACAGAGCUAUCCGAGCGACGGAGUUGUGACCGGAGAAAGAGAGAGAGAGAGAGACAGAGAGAGAUUGUGAGCAGAGAUCUGCCCGUGGAAUUCGUGAUAUUAUCCGUGAGAUCAUGGAAGCAGUGAAGCAAUGCAGUUGGAGUGCAGUUGAAGCAAAAGAUGUUGGCUGCACAGGCCAGUGAAACUGUGAAACCAAAGGGUGCCAAGAUUUUGAACAAGCAUUCGAGUGCAGUGACACUUGGGACCCUUUGGUCCCUUUAUCGUCAUUGAUCGCACAACACAGUCGGAGCGAGCAUGGAGCAUGUAGUGUUUCAGUUUCGUCACCAAGACGAUGAGGGUCAAUGGUUAAUUGGCACAGAGCAGAGCUGCUGCUUUGCUGAUUUGUAGCACUCGACUCUCAACUAACCUGCUGCUGGCGCCUGACACCUACCAUCACUUACCUAUCAAGGCCCUGUACAUCAUCGUUCAUACUGCAUGC